AUGGCUCAAGAAAAGAGAGAGGCAGAGGUGGUCAGCCCCACAAGUGAUCAAGAAAUGGGUGAAGACAUGGAAGAUCUGACAAAAGGCCUGGAGGAACUGUUUGAGAGACCCAAAGAGGAGGACAGCGAGAAGGCUCUGCUUUGUUCGUGCCUAGAAAAACAGCAUCAACUCAUCUAUAUACUGAAGAAAAAAGCAGACGAUGCUCGCAAACACUGCAGAGACCUGGAGCGGCUCAAGGUGGAGCUGGAGAAACUGAGGACAGAAGAUGCUGUGAAAAUGAAAAACCAGACCCAACAGAUUCAGUAUUUGGAGGAACGCUUCACGGAGCUGGCCAACAACCAUGAGAAAAUGAUCCAGUUCAAGGAUGAACACGAGAAACAGCACUUGGAGCUGUGGGAGGGGAAUAAGCGCCUCCAGCAGAACAAAGCGCUCUUCAGCCAGGCGGUGAAGGAGGAGGCCGAGGUGCUCCAGCUUGUUGCCCAGGCCAGAGAGCUCUCGCAGCAGUUGGAGUCCUUGCAGGAGAAAUGUGCUUACAAGAGUCAGAGGGCUCAGGAGCGAGAAAAUGAGCUGCUAGAAGCUCAGAGCCAGCAAGCAAAUGCCUAUGCCAGGGAAGUCAGUUCACUCAAACACCAGCUGCGGGGCCUGCAGGAGAAGCACCGACAAACUGUGGCACAGCUGGAGCAGGCAGAAAGUCAGCGGAGGGCUCAGGGCAACAAGCUGCAGGCCAAGCUGGAGAGGGCGAACAAGGAGAAAGAGCAGGCCUUGAAGAGGGGCAAAGCUCUGCAAGACAAGCAACGGAAAAUUGAGCAGCUGGAGAAGAAGCUGGAGGCUGCAGAAAAAGCCAGGCAGAGAGCAAGAUCGCACCUCGCGAAAGAGGCAGCGGACAAGGAUCUGAAAGUGCAAGAGCUCCAACAACAGCUCAAAAGCAGCAAGCAGGCAUACGACGAACUCUCACUGCAGUUUGCUGCCUACAAAAAGCACAGUAUGGAUUUACUGACUAAAGAAAAAGCGCUGAAUGUCAAACUCCGUCACUUUAUGGUGUAA